UAACUGAAGCGUAAAAGCAGCGGCAAAGUAAUGAAUCGAAGUAAACGCCUAGCUGCUACGGAGUCAACCUCCAAAUCAAUUUCAACAAUGGCGAGAAAGCGAAGCAGAAAAACGACGAUGAUCUUCUUCGUUUUGCUUUCCGUUUUAGCUUUCGUUUCUUUCCUUCCCGUCUUCGCUUCUCUCCCUUCGCUUUACUCUCACUCCCACGAUGUUCACUUUCUUCUUCCUCGUCACCAGCGUCAGCACCGCCGCCAAAAAACUGAUGUUACAAAAUUUGAGAUUGCGGAGGAUAUGUUCUGGAAAGACGGGAAGCCUUUUCAGAUAAUUGGUGGUGACUUGCAUUAUUUUCGGGUUCAUCCUGAGUACUGGGAAGAUAGGCUUUUGAGAGCAAAAGCAUUGGGGUUGAAUACCAUUCAAACUUAUAUUCCUUGGAAUUUGCAUGAACCAGAAGCUGGCAAACUGGUUUUUGAAGGCAUUGCAGAUUUAGUAUCAUUUCUCAAACUUUGCCAGAAUCUAGGCCUCCUUGUCAUGCUUCGAGCUGGGCCUUAUAUUUGUGGAGAGUGGGAUCUUGGAGGGUUCCCACCUUGGUUGCUUUCCAUAUCUCCAGAUGUCAGAUUAAGGUCAUCAGAUCCUGCUUAUCUUCAAAAGGUUGAAGGAUGGUGGGGGGUCCUUCUUCCAAAAGUAGCUCCUCUUCUUUAUGGAAAUGGAGGCCCUAUCAUAAUGGUUCAGAUUGAAAAUGAAUUUGGGUCAUAUGGAGAUGAUAAAGCUUAUCUUAGACACUUGGUGAAGUUAGCUAGAGAACAUCUUGGGGAAGACAUUAUUUUGUACACUACUGACGGAGGCUCUAGAGAAACUCUUGAGAAAGGGACCAUUCGGGGACAUGGUGUCUUUGCAGCUGUUGACUUCACUACUGGUGAUAACCCUUGGCCCAUAUUCAAGUUACAAAAGGAGUUCAAUUUGCCUGGGAAAUCACCACCGCUUUCUUCGGAAUUUUAUACAGGUUGGCUUACACACUGGAGUGAGAAGAUGGCAAGAACUGAUGCAGAGUUUACUGCAGCUGCCUUGGAAAAAAUUAUGUUACACAAUGGUUCUGUGGUGCUUUAUAUGGCACAUGGUGGAACAAACUUUGGAUUUUAUAAUGGAGCAAAUACUGGCGUGGAUGAGUCAGAUUACAAACCUGAUCUAACGUCCUAUGAUUAUGAUGCACCAAUUACGGAGUCUGGUGAUGUACAAAAUGCAAAAUUCAAAGCCAUUAGGAGAGUAGUGGGGAAGUAUAGUUCAGUAUCUCUACCUCCAGUUCCUUCCAAUAAUAAAAAGACUGGAUAUGGAUCCAUCCAGUUAAAAAGAACGGCAUUUUUAUUUGAUUUACUUGAUCAAAUUGAUUCUGCACGCAUUGUUGAAUCUGAAAAUCCAACUGCAAUGGAGUAUUUAAACCAGAUGUUUGGAUUUGUAUUAUAUGUAUCUGAAUAUGCACCCAAAACUGGCAGAAGUAAGCUAGUUAUACCAAAGGUGCAUGACAGAGCUCAAGUGUUCAUAUCAUGCUCCCCUGAAGUUAAUGGUAGACAAAUAUCAUAUGUUGGUACAAUUGAAAGAUGGUCAAAUCAAGCAAUUGAUCUUCCCAAUGCUAAAUGUGUUUCCAACACCAGCUUAUUUAUUUUGGUUGAAAACAUGGGUCGUGUAAAUUAUGGACCAUACAUCUUUGAUAGGAAGGGUAUUUUGUCUCCUGUUUAUGUUGAUGGGAGAGUUUUGACAAGAUGGAAAAUGAUCUCAAUUCCUUUCCAUAACCUGAACGAGGUGCCAAAAUUCCAUCCCAUCAUUCAGAUUGCGUUCAAAUUCCAUGAAGUAUCUUCCCGUGAAAAACUAGAACACAAGUCAGGACUUGCUUUCCCUAAAGCAGAGGGUGUUUUAGAAGGGCCAUCGUUCUACAGCGGCCAUUUCUCUAUUGAUACAACGACUGAAGUUACUGAUACAUACAUUUCACUUAGAGGGUGGGGGAAAGGGAUUGUUUUCGUUAAUGAAUUCAACAUUGGAAGAUAUUGGCCGACAUCAGGACCACAAUGCAGCCUUUAUAUCCCUGCUCCAAUCCUUCAGCACGGGGAAAAUGUUUUGGUGAUAUUUGAGUUAGAAUCACCGAACCCUGAGCUUGUGGUAGAUUCGGUUGAUCAACCAGAUUUCUCUUGUGGUCCAAGAAAAGCGAGUGUGCAUCAACUUUAAUGGCACCGACUGAAACACCAGUUUGGCAAAAUGGGGGAUGGCAGAGCUGAGCAUUACAGCAAUCAAUUAAUGCUGGAUCUACUUGAGAAUGUUUCUAUUUUCCGGAGGGAAUGUGCGUUUGGGUGUAUGCAAGUGAGCCAAAAAGACAACUUCAAAUAAAACAACUGUACUUUAAUGCUUAAGAAUGUAAAGAGAAACGUUCACAUUUGUACUUGAAUAGCAACAUACCAUCUUCUGCUUAAUUCAAAUAAGAAGUGUUGGCUUUUCUUAUUUCAAGUGAUUUCAAAAGAAAUCUCGGUAAUGACCA